CCUUCCGCGGUUGUGUGCGUACGCGGUCGUCUCCAUCCAACUCCAACUCGUCUCCUCCUCCUUCCCCUCCCCCAAUCAUCAAAAACCUAGACCAAAUCUUCCCCAUCGAUCCCAACUCACCCCACCCAGAGCCGCCUUCCAACCAGAUUCCUCCUGUCCCCUCUCGAGUCGCGCCCGCCCAAUCCAGUGGCCGCCGCCGCCGCCGCUUCCGCCGGCGUCGAAUCCGGUGUUUUGAGUUUCGGUUGCGAGCGCAGCCAUGUCCAUGUUCAACAGGAUCUUUGGGAAGCCCAAGGAGCAGGCCAACUCUAAUGCGUUGGCCACUCUGGACAAGUUAAAUGAGACUCUCGAUAUGCUGGAGAAGAAAGAAAAGGUGCUGGAGAAAAAAGCGGCUGCCGAGCUAGAGAGGGCCAAGGAAUUCUCGAAAGCAAAGAAUAAAAGAGCUGCUAUCCAGUCCUUGAAGAGGAAAAAACUUUAUGAGCAACAAAUUGAGCAGCUUGGAAAUUUCCAGUUGAGAAUCCAUGAUCAGAUGAUCAUGUUAGAAGCAGCUAAAGCUACAACAGAGACUGUCGAUGCAUUGAGGACUGGAGCUGCAGCUAUGAAAGCAAUGCAAAAAGCAACAAAUAUUGAUGAUGUUGACAAGACUAUGGAUGAAAUUAAUGAACAGACAGAAAACAUGAAACAAAUUCAAGAUGCUUUAUCAGCUCCUCUUGGAGCUUCUGCUGAUUUUGAUGAGGAUGAACUGGAAGCGGAACUUGAAGAACUGGAGGGAGCAGAGUUGGAAUCUCAGCUUCUGGAGCCUGUUGCAGCUCCUCCUGUGCAUCCAGUGCAUGUCCCUACCAAGCAACCAGCUCGCCCUGCUCCACAGAAAGCUACAGCUGAAGAUGAUGAGCUUGCUGCACUGCAAGCUGAAAUGGCGUUGUGAUCAGGUUCCCAAUGAAGAGGUGAAAUGUGUAAAUGAUUGGCGUUACACUAAGAAGGUCCAAGCGAGUCUGGCUAUGAUAUAUUUGCCCAUGUGUGUAUAAUCUUGGGGGUGUAUUUGGCAACCGAAGCAGAAAAAAGGCUGCUCCAGCCAAUGUUUGUUUCAGUGGUUUUGGGGUCUGUUCUCAAUAGACGGUUUCAUUUAAUGUGGCUCGGUUUGCUCCAUCCAUGCUAACCUCCCACAUCAACGUGCAUUGUUGUCAUACAGUAUUUUUCGUUGACCCAUAUUGUCUGGAGCCAUGUAAAAAUGUUAUAAAUCCCCAGGGUUCACAUUUGAUGCGCCAAUAAGCAGCUCUCAAUUUUUAAAGCAA